UUUUCAACGGUGGAAAGGCCAUAAACCGAGCAACUUCCAAAGAUUCUGGUCCCAUGAAAUCAUGGCCAUUUGUUCUUCUUUUCUCGAUUCUGAAAAGAUAAGUUCGAAGAUAGAAGAUGAACUUAAACUUCAUGCUCCUCUUGUUUGCCAAAACCUCCUUUGUUUUUUGAUUACCAUGUACGAAGGUGUGCUUGUGUAAGUUAGUCUAUACUAGGUGGAAGAGUGACGUGCUUAAAAGGACUUGGGAGGACAAGUAGAAGCAUCAGUGGAGAAGGUUCAUAAGAAAAAAAAAUGACAGGAGUGCUUCUCAUUUUCCUCUCCUUCCUAUGUAUUUUGGCAUCUAUCUCUCCUUCAGAGACAUCUGCAGCAGACUCAUUGCAGAAACCCGACUUGCUAGACAGACGACUGAACGGAAAAGGGAGGAGUGACAUAAAGCACAGCUCCAACUUUGCCCGUGGCAUUCCGCGUAGCGGCUAUGCCGGAGGCAACACACAUGGAGGGGGCGAGGGCGGGACUAAUGGCGAAUCGGGAUCGUCAUCUCCAAAAGGCGGUGCAGCUGUGAUCCCCAUAUAUGCUGGCGCCGGCGCUAACAAUAACCACCACCAGAGCGUCCACCACGGUUCCGGCGCCUGCAUCAGGAGCCGUGCGCGAGUCCAUGCUCUCAUUGCAGCCGUACUGGCCCUCUGCUGUUUGUUCAUAGAGAAUGUUUGCAUUUGAUCGCGCGACAUUCACAAUAGAUCUCGUGUACAUAGAAACAGUAACUUAAAACUCUGCAAUAAAUGCAAAUGUGUAGCUUGUUUCCA